UCCGCAGUAAAGAGCUACCUAAACAAGAAAAUACUUGCUCAAAUUAUAUAAAAAAGUGAUUGGCGAAGGAGCAGGAUUCGACAUACGAACCCUGCAGGAACAUCAGAUAAACACCCUUGACGCCUCACAUUACCUAACGACCAAAGCAUUGGGUAACCGCGAUGAGCAACACUAGUGUUCGCGCGCGUACAUAUAUAUUGCAAGGGAUGCCGUAGUUAUCGUGUAACAAGGUAGUUUCCACCUCAACUCACCUCAUCUCGCAUCCAAGCCAACUCGUCAAUCAUGGUGAACAUCACAGCCCCCCUCCGCAUCGGGUACAUGCUCUUCCCGGCCUUCACGGCCCUAGACGUCUUCGGGCCUCUGAACGUGCUCAAUCUCGUCUCUAUUAAACAUAACAUGACGCUCUCGCUCAUAUCAAAUGACCUCUCCCCCGUGAGCAUCGACCGCACCAUCGUUAACGGAGUAGCGGGAGGGAUGCUAGCCUCGUCCGCGUCGCCGAACUUCACACAAUUUGUGCUGCCCACGCAUACCUUCGCCACCGCGCCUCCCCUCGACGUGAUAAUCGUCCCCGGGGGCGCCGGGGUCCGCGAUGUCAACGGCACGCGGGCACACGUGGAUUGGCUUAGCUCCCGCUUCGACGACCCGGGCCUCGCGUACAUGAUGACGGUGUGCACGGGCGCGUCUCUGCUCGCGCGCACGGGGAAAAUCGCAGGCCGCAACGCGACGACAAAUAAGGCCGCGUUCAACUGGGUGAAAUCGGUUGAGCAUGCCGAGGAUGUGAAUUGGAUCGCUAAGGCGCGGUGGGUUGUGGAUGGGAACGUAUGGACGUCGUCUGGGGUUAGUGCCGGGACGGAUAUGACGUUGAGCUGGAUCGAGCAUUUGUAUGGGAAGAAUGAGAGCGAGAGUAUGCGCGUGCAGUUGGAGUGGAAUGCAUUGAAUCAAACGGAAGAUCCGUUUGCUGCGUAUUAUGGGUUAACGUAGAUUUGGUGGAAUUGGGGCUUACUGCUCGGCUUCUAUUAGUUUAUAUCUAUACCUAUUGGUGCAUCAUGUCCUGUUAACUGUCAGAGAUGUGAAAUAAUCAUUCGAACUUUCUUGGUGUUGGAUUGA